AUGGGAGCUGCGGGAAACGAUCCGCAUCGAUCUGCCCAUUGCAUACACAGACGACACUCCCCAGUGAGAUUGACACCUGAGAACAUUGAAGUGCGUCUGGGAGCGUACAAUCUGACAACAGAAAACGAAGAAGGAGCUGUACAGAGAAAAGUUACUGCAAUUCAUGUGCACCUGGAUUGGAAACCGUACGACGAUAAAUAUGAUGCGGACAUUGCGAUUCUCGUUCUCAGCGACAAUGUCACUUAUUCGCAUUUCAUUCAACCGAUUUGUGUGCCGGCCGAUGUGGACGUCAUAGAUGGUGCCAUUAUCAAUGUCACCGGUACGGUUGUUGGAUGGGGCAUCGGUGAAAGUGAAGUGAACGAGGAAAUUCCAAAGAAAUUGGUGGCCAGAGCCAUCAAUAAUUCGCUAUGCUACAGAACGGAACCGAGCCUCAUACAGUACGCUUCGUUGCGUUCGUUUUGUGCAAAAGGUGUGGACGGAACUCCCAACAAAGGAGAUUCGGGUGGUGGAUUUUUUGUUUCCGAUUCGACCUGGCUGCAGUACGGAAUAAUUUCAGCGAUAAAUACAAACGAUGCCGGCCAAGCGGUGGCGAAUUCGUUUGCUAUCUACACGAACGUCAAAUCGUUCAAGCAAUGGAUCGUGGAAACGGUUACACAGACCGGUGGCGAGGUCGGUGAAUGGACUACAAAAGUGUCUUUGGCCUGUAGUUACGGCUAUGCCUCGAUUAACGGUAAUCAUUACGGAUACACGUGCGUGUUGGACGAUUUGGAAAUACGAACGGAACGUAAUAAAAUUGCUUCGGUGUCUGGGUCCCAUCAUGUCAUGGUGGACGACCACCGAAAGGACAACAAUGAUGUCGAUUCGAUCAUUUUCCACAGCGGAUCGAUGUUCACCCUACCAGAUGGACUGGGUAAUUUUUUCAAGAAACUACGACUUCUGCAAAUCGGAAACUCCAAUUUAACGACUAUCGGCCUGAAUCACAUCUGGCGAUCAAGUUUGAAAGAUUUGGAAAAUCUGGAAGUGUUCAAUAUUGUGGGGAAUGACAUUGAAAAACUGGACGCGGACUGUUUUUGGGAUCUGAGAAAAUUGCGAAUCGUCAAUUUGUUCCACAACAAGCUCAAAGCGAUCGAUGAGCAAACGUUCGUUACAAAUGAAAAGCUGCGACAUGUGUAUCUCAGUGAAAAUCGUUUGGAAACCUUGCCCACAAAUCUUUUCAGACAGAACGUUCUGCUGGAAAGCAUACAUUUGAAUUCCAAUUCGAUUCGGACGAUUGAUGGCAACAUUUUCACAUUCAACACGAAUCUGGCUUUCGUCAAUUUAUCAACCAAUCAACUGGCGGCAACUCUUCCCCGAAAUUUGUUCAAAAACAAUUUGUUGCUAGAGUUCGUUAAAUUACAUGGAAAUUCCAUAGCGACUGUGGACGAGCGAAUGUUCGAAACAAAUGUCAGACUGAAGGUAGUGUCACUAUCUUCGAAUCGGUUGAAAUUUGUGCCGCAAGAUUUAUUUCGAAAUAAUUUGUUGCUUGAAUCCAUCUUUCUAGCCGACAAUUCAUUGCUGACAAUCGACGAGCGGAUUUUCGAAAGAAAUGAAAAGCUCACCACAAUCGAUCUAUCGUCAAAUCGAUUGGAAUCGAUGCCCAGGAAUUUAUUCGAAAAUAGUUUCGAAUUGAGACGUCUGAAUCUGCACAACAAUUCCUUGGAAACGAUGGAUGAGCAGAUUUUCAGAACAAAUAUCCAACUUAUUUCCAUUGACCUGUCGUCAAAUCGGUUCGAAUUUUUUCCGAUAAAUUUAUUCCGCAAUAAUCUGCUUCUGCAAUCGGCGUAUUUUCAACACAAUUCCUUACAUGCGAUAGACGAGCCAAUUUUUGAAAAAAAUGAAAAACUCACUUCCAUUGACCUGUCGUCAAAUCAAUUGAAAAUUCUCCCCCAAAACAUUUUCCGGAAUAAUUUGUUGCUGAUUAAAUUGAAUUUGUUCAACAAUUCCUUAACGGCCUUGCACGAGCAAAUUUUCGAAAUGAACAUCGAACUGGUGAAAGUGAAUGUCAGCAACAAUUCCCUGACGUCAAUCAGUCCGGAAUUAUUCAAAACAAAUUUAAAUCUGAAGAUAGUCUUACUGUCCUCGAAUCGACUGGAAUCAGUGCCCAGACAUUUAUUCACCAAUAAUUCAUUGUUGGUGUUACUUGGUCUAGACAGCAAUUUAUUGACGAUAAUAGACGGCGACAUUUUCGAAACAAACGUUAACCUGGAGGCGAUCAGUUUGGAACGGAAUCGAUUGCAAACAUUGCCUCGGAACUUAUUCAAAAAUAAUCCAUCGUUGAUCUUCAUCAGUUUGGGAUUCAAUUUAUUGACGACAAUAGAUGAAAACAUUUUCGAAACAAACGUCAAAGUUCGAAGAAUCUUUCUGGCGGGAAAUCGAUUGGAAUAUUUGCCUAGAAAUUUGUUCAAAAAUAAUCCACUGCUGGAAUUAGUGAUUUUUCGGGGCAAUCGUUUAGUUGCAAUCGAAAUCGAUUUUACAAAAUUCAAAAAUGUCAACUACAUUUCGUUAAGUGAAAAUAUUUGUAUAAACGAUGCCAUUUACGAUAAACAGUCGGACAGCAAUGACAAAUUUAGAAAUUUAACAGAAUUUCAGAGCCUCGUAAGCAAAAAUUGUACAUUGUAAAGUUUACUGCUGACAAUUGCGGUACAUAACCCAACUUUCGAUUUCGA